ACUUACUUGUGAACAAUCACUUGUGGUUUUACAGGGGAGAAGAUGGCACUCUUCCAAAUGAUAGUCUUCUUUUCAUUCUUCUCUUCAGGUCUUAUAUCUGCUGAUGAGUGGUCGAUGACCGUACCUCAAGCUGUGAAGCAGACCUUUGGUGAAGACGCCGUCCUGCCUUGCAGUUUCACAACUCCAUAUACAAGCUACCAGAAUAUAACCGUAGUUUGGCGCCUCAAAGACGCUUAUAACGGACAGAUUAUUUUUAAGUGUUUAAGCACUGAAAACCCGUCUGAUAAUGGACAGAACUGCACAGAAUCUAUUGGACGUUACUCUUUAGCUGGCAACCCGAGAAGCAAGAACAUCAGUCUGAGGAUAAAGGAUGUCUCCUUCUCAGAAGAUGGACAGUAUUUCUGUUGUUUUGAGUUGAUCAAGAAAGAAGACACCUACCGAACUAAAACAGGAACCAGGCUAAGUGUCCAAUCAAUACCACAAACUCUGGAGAGCAUCUACAUACGGACCCUUCCAUCAGGGGAGCAGUUCAUUACAUGUGACGUUAAAGGAAGUCCCCCUCCAACUGUAACAUGGAUUGUUCCAGAGAUAACAAGCUCAUCCCUGGUGUCUGUUCAAAGGGACAGGGUCCGAGCAUCAUCUUCUAUUCCUGCUAAUCAGUCCAACAUCAACUACACCUGCCAGAUACACGGAGAGACUGGACUGCAGGAUCUGUCUAUUUACUACCAGAAACGUUCCGAGCAAGAGCAGCAAAUCCCUUUUACACUGUUUGUCAUCUUUGUCGUCCUUUCUGGAGUUUUCUUCAUCAGUUCGAUUAUUUUGGCAGUAAUUUACAAGAUAGGGUCGUCUAAGUCUCUGGCCCCUCCACAAGAAGUGAACUUCAGAAAGAGCAGUCCAGUUCAAACAAAUGAUGACAUUUAUGAAAACUUUAAAGACUGGUGACGAGACAUCCGUGUAACAACAAUAAACAACUGUGCCUUUUUUUAUAUUGCAUCAAGUGUCUGUUUAUGUCUUUGUAUGCUUUUUAGUAACUCCUAUAUAUUGUACCAUAUUUUUACACUGUAAAGUGCACCGGAUUAUAAGGUACACUAUCAGUAAACUUCUAUUUCCUGGUCUGUUUUUAUACAUAAGUUGCACCACAUUAUAAGUUGCAUUAUGCGAGAGGAACAGGGGUAAGGAACAGGGGUGUCGCCAUGUUUCCCUUCUAAUUCAGCAGGUCUGGCUGCUGGGUGAAAAGUAAAGCUAAGCUAGGUUUAGUAAACAAAACUGUAAUUCUUGACAAAAUUUUUUUUUUUCAAAAUCUAAUGAGCACCGGAUGUUAAUCUGCACAUAUUUUUCUCUUGAAAACUGUUUAUUUGGGUGAGUAAAGCACUUCCGUUUAUUUACAGUAAUCUUAGAUUUACAGAUUUCCAAUAGCGCCGCAGUUAGCGGCAAAUGCCACCCAGCAGCGCUACACUGAGGAACCCUGAGUUUUCCAGUAAGCCGGAUGAUAUUAGCUAGUGUAUCUUGUUCUAACACAGUAAACAUGCAGACUACAGGCCAAUAAUACUCAAACGAGCUAGCACUUAGUGUGUUUAGCAGCUAAUGCUAAUGCUGCUCUGGCAGUGCGAGCUGGGCUUAGCGCAGUUAGCAGCUAAUGCUAAUACUGUUUCAGCCUCGGUGCUCGAUUGUUUCUUCUGUUAAAUGAUUGUAAAUAAAAUUCAAAUACUGUUUAAAAAGCUGGAAUGUGGGUUCUCAUGCCAUGCCGUGUCAAAAUGUGCCCUGAUUUCACAAAAAAACGUUUUAGUGACAAAGUUAGUUUAAACAAUUAACUGUUACAUUAUAUAAAUUAUAAAUUGCUAAUUAAAUAAGACAUUUAAAGCCAUUACCUAUUGUUUCUUAGGGUACUGUAUUCUAUAUUGUUAUGUGC